GCGUCGACAACUUCACUUAUCUUGAAAGUCUGAUCAAUCUUAAUGGGUUAGUGUUGGCUUUUGUCAAAAGUAAACUACGAACUGUCAGAACCGGUGACUGAGUUAGUAGAUCAUAUAUAACCUAAUGAAUAUGACAGCUUGAACUAGUUAACUUAUUAGGGAGGUUAGUUGUUCUGGUUAUUUCAAUCAAACAGACUAACAGACAUAUCUUUCAUGGCCACAAAAUUCUAAAUCAGAUUUUAUUCAGUUAAGUAACUUACCAACUACUAUGACAAGUUCAAACUACCGUAUAUGUUCGGUUAUGUAAGUCAUGAUCGCUACUGAAUCCCAAAGUUAAUUUACGUUCACGCUGUUUGUGUUCUAGCAACAACCAUCUAAACUGUAUUUAAAGAUACAAACCAAAACAGAUUUCCCUCUUAUUUUUGAUAUUUAGACCUUCACCAUUUUCUUCAUUUCAGAUAUUAAAAUGCUGCCUUUAAUCCACAUAGUAAGGACAUAGAUGGAAGCUAACUGUAUCGUUGUAUGUCUGUUCACUAGGCAGCUUAAUUACAAUAGUGUUUAUUUUGCGUAACUUAGUUAUCUAGACACUUAGUUCAUGGUCAUUGGACUACAGUUUCACAACAAAUUUUGGUCUGUUAACUGGAGUAUUAUUGUUAACCUAUUCGUUUGUUCCAUUUCUUCAGAUAUCGAAAUGGUCGCGUUGGAAUUUAUUUCUCAAUUAGAUAAACUGCACUUUGUCGAUUCUGUCGGACUGGAUGAUUUCGCAGAUCGAUGCUCUUACAUGUUGUCAUUUAUCAUUCUGGUCAUGUGCUUUACUAUUGUUACACUGAAAUCUUAUGUCUUUGAGCCUUUAUCAUGUUAUAUUCCAACUACCUUCUCGGGUUCUAAUUUGGGAUCGUACAUAAAUGCAUUUUGCUGGAUUAAUGGAACUACACCGAUAAGUGUAGAUACAGAUCAGUUAGAUAAUCCAACGUAUUGGAGUAGUUUAGAAGAUAGAAAAAUCAAUUAUUAUCAAUGGGUCUCACUGGUUUUGGCAUUACAGGCUAUUCUGUGCUACCUACCUCGCCUUAUUUGGGAGGCAAUUACUUUCAAUCGUGUUGGAACAAAUUUAGGAUUCUUGCUUGAAUCAGCACAAGAAGCUUCAAAGGAAACUGGAAAGGAAAGAUCAAAUCGUAUCCAGUUUAUAGCAAAUGUUAUGGAUACAUUGUUGUUUGCUCGUCGUGAUCUACGUAGAUUAGAAAGUGGUCUUAAAGAUCAAAAUUUUUUGCAAAAAAUUUUGCAUACUAUUCAAAAUUUGCUUCCUAGUAAAAGGCUUGGUACUGCGUUAGUCACAUACUACAUGAUAAUCAAAUCGUUUUAUUUGCUAAAUGCAGUUGGGCAACUUUUAUUGAUGGAACGAUUUUUGGGUAUACAUGGAGAAUAUCGCCUAUUUGGCUUAUCAAUUUUAAGUGAUUUGAUUAUGGGUAGACAUUGGAAUGAAACUAGUGUUUUUCCUCGAGUGGGUUUUUGUCGUGUACCAAUCAAAUUAACGAGUACACCUAUACCUAUGGUUACUGUACAAUGUACAUUGCCAGUCAAUAUGUUGAACGAAAAGAUUUAUGUGUUUUUAUGGUUUUGGUUUGUGUUUGUUGCUUCUCUGGAGGUUGCGAGUAUUGGAGUUUGGAUCUGUCGUUUGGCCGCACGGCAAUCAAGAUUGAGAAGUUUGGUUCGAUAUUUAAAAGUUGCAGAUGUUUAUGAAGAAUCAAUGGAUCCACUACUUGUUCGAUUCGAAAUGACAUUUCUUCGAAUGGAUGGUAGUUUUCUUUUACAAAUGAUGCGUUUAAAUGCUGGGAGUCUUAUCACACAGGAAAUCUUACAAGCAAUGUUGAAGCGUUACACAGAACAAGAACAAUAUGCUCAGAAAAAGCGCGAUGAACGACAACCUUCUGGACCAAAAUCUGUAGAAAUGGAAAAAGAUGGUCUACUUCCUGAUUCUCCUGAUUGUACUGUAACAAAGCGUUUAGAUGCUGUUUAGUUGAAUAAAUAAAUUUCCAACUUAAAGAUUGAAUGCAAUGAAAAAAUUCAUCUCUGCCUUUUGUAUUACUUCGUUUUUUUCAUUUUCAUUAACAAUAUCAUCGAUCGGAUUGAUAUAAUGAUUUUUCUGGUAUCAUGGUACUAUCAUCACUACUUCAUAGCGCACUUAUGCUGGUUGUUGGGAUGACCCUGCAUUUUUCUCGCAAGUGACAUGACAAGCUCGUGAGUCAUCAAGGAGCAUUUCAACCAAUAAGCGAUUAAUUAGAAGUUAUGUUACUAAAAUAACGAGAUCCUGAUUGACUAAUUAACACACUGCUACUAUGUUUAGCAGUAUUCUGGAACUUUCAGUAAAACUCAAGGACUCUUAAAUUACUAUAAAAUUCCCAUAUUUUCUGUACAUAAAUUAACCCUGUAGUAAAGUGCUUCCCACACA